AUGCAUUAUCUCUACCUGGAACUACCGCUGCAACUGAACGUGUUUUUUCUACAGUAUGAAGUUUCGAUAAUAAACUACUUUUCGUGCAGUGAUUUGGACCGCACUGAUUUACCUGUGUACAACGUGGUGGCGCAUAAAAGCAUCAUCAAUAGUAUUGAUGGUAUUGGAGGAAAGCAAAUUGAUUGUGGUCCACCAGAAAUUGUGACAGGCAGUCGUGACGGUAGCGUUAAAGUAUGGGACAUACGUCAAGGUCAAGCACCCGUAGUAGAUAUGACACCAGAGGGUGCUGAAGGCGACAGACGUGAUUGCUGGGCUGUUGCUUUCGGUAAUAGCUUUGAUAAUCAGGAGCGCGUAGUAGCGGCAGGCUAUGAUAAUGGGGAUCUAAAAUUAUUUGAUUUACGCCAAUUGGCUGUGCGUUGGGAAACUACUUUGAAAAAUGGCGUCUGUGGUAUCGAGUUCGAUAGACGUGAUAUUAAAAUGAAUAAAAUGGGCGUUACGACAUUAGAAGGUGGGCUGCAUGUAUUCGAUAUGCGCACCCAACAUGCAAGUAAGGGAUUUGCUAGUGUUGAAGAGCGUAAUGCGGGACGUUCCGUUGGUUCACAUGGUGUUAUAAGUGGCCCUAAAUCAACACUUUGGACUAUACGCCAUUUGCCGCAAAAUCGCGAUAUAUUUGUUACGUCCGGUGGCACUGGUUCCUUGCGUCUAUGGAAGUAUGAAUACCCAGGCAAGCGACAAAAGGAUGAUGGCAAUGGUUUAAUGGAGGGUGUUCCCGGCACACUGGAGAUGUUAAAUGCUAGUACAGUAUCCUCACAACCAGUACAUUGCUUUGAUUGGCAUCCAGACAAACUGGGUUUAGGGGUUUUUGGCGCUUUCGAUCAGAGCGUACGUGUAUUAGUAACAACAAAAUUAAAUUGUUAUAACUAAUUAUUUAUUAUUUAAUUCGAUUUUUUUACGACAACAAAAAAUACAAAAAUCCAAACAAAUUGAAUUUACAAGUUUCUGGCGUUUUUGAUCAGAACGUAAAUGUAUUAUUAACGAAAUUAAAUUAU